AGCAUCACUGAGCUGGUGCAGUGCAAAAACGCUCGCUCAUCCUCACCGAUGGUGUGCAGAACAAGGGGGACAUAAAAAAAAAAACCUUCUGAAACUAAAAAACAUCCACAUCCUUUUCUUAAACAAACAACCCCGAAAAAUCCACAACAAAAAAUUCAUCAUGAGCUACGAUUCCUUCUUCUCCUACCGACUCUGGGACAGCUACAGAGGCUCCCGAACCGCCGCCAAAUCCUCCAUGCCCUCCUCGCUCUACCCUUCUCGGGCUCCUCCGUCCGGGAAGAGGAUCGUGAGGCUGGCCUCCUCUUCCCUGCCAGAUGGGUCAGAGAGGAUGAACCUCGCUCAGACCAGCUCUCUCAACACAGAGCUGCUGGGCCUGCGAUCCCAGGAGAGGGAGCAGCUCGUGGACCUGAACGACCGCUUCGCCACCUACAUCGAGAAGGUGAGGCACCUGGAGCAGCAGAACCGAGCCCUGCUGGCCGAGCUGGAGGGGCUGAGGAAGUGGCAGAACGACCCGUCCCGUCUGCAGGCGCUCUAUGACGGUGAAGUGCGAAGUUUGAGGGCCGCGAUAGACUCAGAGAGUGGGGAGAAGAUGCAGAUGGAGGCGGAGAGGGACUACCUGCACGACGUGUAUGAGCAGAUGAAGGAGCGAUUCGAGGAGGAGGCGAGGCGGCGUAUGGAUGCCGAGGAGGCCCUGCAGAGGGCCAAGGAGGAGGCGAGCAGGGCCGUGCUCUCCAACUGCGACGUCGAGGCCACCGUGGUCUCUCUGUGUGAUGAGAUGGUGUUCCUGAAGAAGGUCUUUGCCGAGGAGCAAGCGGAGCUGCAGACCCAGCUGCAGAUGGCAAACAUCAGCGUGGACGUGGAGGUGUCCCGGCCCGACCUCUCCACCGCCCUGCGAGACAUCCGGACGCAGUACGAGCGACUGGCGAGCAAGAACAUGCAGGCCGCCGAGGACUGGUACAAGAGCAAGUUUGCGAGCGUGGCGGAGAUGGCCAGCAAAAACAACGAGGCCGUGCACGCCAUCCGGGAGGAGACCAUGGAGUACCGGAGGCUGCUUCAGACCCGCUCCUCAGAGAUCGAGGCUCUCCGGAACGUCAUCAACUCCUUGAACAAGCAGCUGGAGGAUCUGGAGGAGACGCAGACCAAGGACGUGGCAAAGUACCAGAUCAGGAUAAGUGAGCUGGAGCAGGACAUCUCCGAAGCCAAGCAGGAGAUGGCGCGUUACCUGAGGGACUAUCAGGACCUUCUCAAUGUGAAGAUGGCGCUCGACAUUGAAAUAGCUGCGUACAGGAAACUUCUGGAGGGGGAAGAGAUUCGCCUGGCCUACCCUUCCUACCCGGCCCUAAACUAAAACCGCCAGCCUGGCAUAAACCUGAAUUCUUCAUACCCCUUCUUUCCUGACCUGAACAUCAUCAUUCUUCCUCCCUCAUUUCUCUUAUACGUUCAUCCCCCUCUCAUCUGCCCCCCCCCCCCAAACAAAACAAAAAAAACAAAUUUCUUGACUCUUCCCCAAACCGAACACCAAAGCUCAUCCUUUCUCAAGACAGAUGUGCCCUUGUGCUGAACAAGAGGUCCCACCAGAAGUCCCCCUUCUUCUACACACGUUCUGACAACACACAUCGAGGCUACGACGACGGCGAACUGUGAACUGGCAGAGUGGCUGCACUGCAUUAGUUACGUGGCUAUGUCGGACGGCAGGAUCGAUCUGGUCCGAGUUCCCCUCUCUCUGUCGUGCACGUUAAGAUCCAAGCAGCAAGAGAGUUCAUGAUUUGACUCGACUGCCCCACCUCAUUGUGCAAACAUUUGACCAAUUGUUUGUGAAGGAGGACGGAAAAAAUUCCCCACAAUAUCUCUUCAUGCUUGGACUUUAGCUUGUGUAGAAACCUGCGGCACUAUUUGACCAGGGAACUCCACCAAUCAAUCGUGCGUCGUCUUGCAAACCCUGGUUCUGUUGUAGUUGUAGUCAGGGAACCAGUAACCUUAAAAUUUUAUUUUCACUAAACCUAUUUUCUUUUAGUUUCCAGUUAUUCUUCCUCUGCAUUUACUCUUUACACAAAUACUGCAAAGUUUUUGUGACGGUUUAAAAAAAUCAGUGUGAGGUCGGGACUUCCUAUUCUGCUGGUUAUUUAAAUGUCUGGUCUUUUCUGCCUCGACCGUCUGGAUGUGUAAAUGCGUUGGAAGACUACAGUAACUGUUACUGGUUUCUCCCUAUAUUUAUGCAGUGUGUCUCUUGGACAUAUCUGCAUUAGCUUGUUUUUUCUGUUUUUUUUGUUGUGUAACCUAAACAAUGAAACUACACGAUAAGUGUGGGAGCUCCUUGUUGUUGUUUUGUUUGCUGAUCUUAGACCUGACGGUGCGUAACAUCUGUGAAACCAAUACAAGCCCGCACCAUUGCGCUCGGUGUACCUGUAACAGUUGGCAAAAAGCUGAAUAAACAUGUAACUGACCUGCAA